UGUGGCCCUGGUGUGGUUGCCAUUGCUCGCCUGUGUCUCCCUGUGCACGGGGCCAGGCCAUCGGAGUGCCUGGUCCUUCCCCACUGGACGUGUCGCUCCGAUCAGCCCCUCCCUGCCCCUCGAGUGGCCCAGGCAGGCAGGGAACUGGCUAACAGGCCUCUAGGGAGGUUUCAUGGCAGUCUCUGGGAAGUCUCUGGGGCUCCCAGGGGACAGAGAGGGAGGGUGGCAGGGACUCAGGCUCAAACCAGUGCAGCCAGCAAGGCGCCACCGCUCACACUGCUUCUGUGUGUCACAGAUGAGGACGUGUGUGUGUUCAAGUGUUCGGUGUCCCGAGAGACGGAGUGUAGCCGCGUGGGCAAGCAGUCCUUCAUCAUCACGCUGGGGUGCAACAGCGUCCUCAUCCAGUUCGCCACCCCCAACGAUUUCUGCUCCUUCUACAACAUCCUGAAGACGUGCCGGGGCCACACCCUGGAGCGGUCGGUGUUCAGUGAGCGCACGGAAGAGUCCUCAGCUGUGCAGUACUUCCAGUUUUAUGGCUACCUGUCCCAGCAGCAGAACAUGAUGCAGGACUACGUGCGGACGGGGACCUACCAGCGAGCCAUCCUGCAGAACCACACCGACUUCAAGGACAAGAUUGUGCUCGAUGUCGGCUGUGGCUCCGGGAUCCUGUCAUUUUUCGCCGCCCAAGCUGGAGCCAGGAAAAUCUAUGCAGUGGAGGCCAGCACCAUGGCCCAGCAUGCCGAGGUCCUAGUGAAGAGCAACAACCUGAUGGACCGCAUCGUGGUCAUCCCUGGCAAGGUGGAGGAGGUCUCGCUCCCCGAGCAGGUGGACAUUAUCAUCUCGGAGCCCAUGGGCUACAUGCUCUUCAACGAGCGCAUGCUCGAGAGCUACCUCCACGCCAAGAAGUACCUGAAGCCCAGCGGAAACAUGUUCCCCACCAUUGGUGACGUCCACCUGGCACCCUUCACGGAUGAACAGCUCUACAUGGAGCAGUUCACCAAGGCCAACUUCUGGUACCAGCCAUCCUUCCACGGGGUAGACCUGUCGGCUCUUCGGGGCGCCGCUGUGGACGAGUAUUUCCGGCAGCCUGUGGUGGACACAUUUGACAUCCGGAUCCUGAUGGCCAAGUCUGUCAAGUAUACAGUGAACUUCUUAGAAGCCAAAGAAGGAGAUUUGCACAGGAUAGAAAUCCCAUUCAAAUUCCACAUGCUGCACUCGGGGCUGGUCCACGGCCUGGCUUUCUGGUUCGACGUCGCUUUCAUUGGCUCCAUAAUGACCGUGUGGCUGUCCACGGCCCCGACGGAGCCCCUGACCCACUGGUACCAGGUCCGGUGUCUCUUCCAGUCACCACUCUUCGCCAAGGCCGGGGACACGCUCUCAGGGACAUGUCUGCUCAUUGCCAACAAGAGGCAGAGCUACGACAUCAGUAUUGUGGCCCAGGUGGACCAGACAGGCUCCAAGUCCAGUAACCUGCUGGACCUGAAGAACCCCUUCUUCAGGUACACGGGCACGACCCCCUCGCCCCCACCCGGCUCACACUACACGUCACCCUCGGAGAACAUGUGGAACACGGGCAGCACCUACAACCUCAGCAGCGGCAUGGCCGUGGCCGGGAUGCCCACGGCCUACGACCUGAGCAGUGUUAUUGCCGGUGGCUCCAGCGUGGGCCACAACAACCUGAUUCCUUUAGCCAACACAGGGAUUGUCAAUCACACCCACUCGCGGAUGGGCUCCAUAAUGAGCACAGGGAUUGUCCAAGGCUCCUCGGGCGCCCAGGGUGGCGGCGGCGCCGGCGGCUCCAGCGCCCACUACGCGGCCAACAGCCAGUUCACCAUGGGCGGCCCGGCCAUCUCCAUGGCAUCGCCCAUGUCCAUCCCGACCAACACCAUGCACUACGGGAGCUAGGCGCCGCCCGGCCGGACCCCAGCGCCAGGAAACCAAAUGAAGCCCGCGCCUGGGACGCCGAGCCUCGACCCCCGCCGGGCGCUCAGCUACGGGACCGGACACUUCUAACAGGACGUCGCCGCUGCCCCACCCGCCCCGGCCGCCGCCACAGUUCACCGAGAUCCUGGGGAGCCCGGAUCCUGCGGGAGCCCCCUGCCCUGGCUCUGCCCUCGGCGGGGCGGGGCGGGGCGGGAGCCGAUCACCAGCCCCGCCCUCCCCUCCGCAGGGCGCAGGCGCAGCCGGCCGGGCAGGACCUCAACUACCAGGCCACCACGGUCACCCAGGGCGUGACAUGCUGCUUUUUUUAAUUUUAUUUUUUUACGAAAAGAACCAGUGUCAAUCCACAGACCCUCGGAGAAACCCGGCCGGCCGGGCGCAGCCAGCGGCCCUCCCGGCCCCAGGCCCCGUGGUGGGCGAGGGCGGCCCGCCCCACCCGAGGGUCACCUCACACUUGAAUGUACACCGACCGCGGCUGCCUGCAGGCCUCCGUCCUCGCCUCUGCUGCUGUCCUGCCCGCGCCCUGCCGCCCCCGCCCCCGCCCCGCGCCGCGGCACCGGGAGGUGUCCCGCGUAGCUGACUGACCAGGCCUGUGUGCUCCCUCCGGACGCGGACGCAGACGCCGGCCCCACUACCGCCAAGGCACCCCGGCCCUCCCCAGCUGGGGGUCGGCCUCGCAGGGACCUCUCCCUCCCAAAAAAGGAAAGAAAAUAAACGAACGAGGAAACGUGUCUCGGACAGGCAGUCUUCUUCCCCCUCCUGUUUCUAGCACCCUGAUCUCUCAAGUGUGGCUCAGCCCAAGCCCAGGCCCAGGCCCGCUGCGUGUGCCCCAGGCACGGCUGGGGCCCCUGGCGCACCCCCACCCCGCUGCGGGGUCCUGUCGGGCCCGGGCCCUGCCCUGUGGCUGUGUCAUGCGAGCUGCCCUGGAAGCUCCCUGCUCGGCUGCCCUCCCUGCCUUUAUAUAAAUUCUCUGGAUCACCUUUGCAUAGAAAAUAAAAGUGUUUGCUUUGUAA